AUGUAUGGCUAGUUCUCCAGCAUCCAAUAUUUGUACUUCUAUAGUGACUUUAGGCGUAAUUACUUGAGAAAGUGCAUGUAAAUGUCAGUAUGUCUAAUUUAAAGAGAAAUGUUUAGAUUACAAUACUGAAAAAAUAACAAACCAUUCCAAGAAUAUAAAUUUUUGGAAAUGCCAACGGUUGUGCGAGCAUUCUUACGAAUUAUGUAAAAUUAAAUUAUAAUUAUUUAGCCUAAUAAAGAUCCAAUAGUGUUAACAAAAGAACUGGAUUCACUCACAGGGUAAUUGUUAAUUCGAUGGAAAAGGGAAUUACUAAAAAAACUCCUUGCAUAACUAAAUGUUGUACAGAGUUAUUAGGAAUCAAUACUCAUGUUUGUAGUAGAUUUACAACUGGCUACUAUUGUUACUUUAAUAAAUUUAUUAAAUGUGUCGAAAUAACUGAUCAAAAAGUUGACGCAAGUUCAGUAUAAUCAGUGAUGGAUAUCUAUAAUUUCAAACAAUUCAAAUGUUCGUGCUUCUGUUUUCAGAGUCACUACUAUACAAGAAUAAGUUAAGGUGUUAUAUUUGCAUUGUGUUGGAAAUUAUGCAUAAACAUAUGGACCCAAAAUUGUAUUAGUUACAUUAAAAAACAUGUAUCAGUUAUUUCAAUAGGAAUUGAAAUUUACGCAAUGUAUUGAUGAAAUACAAGUUUUCUAAUAGCAGCAUCAAUAAUCUUUUAUCUAAGACGAAGAAAGUUUAACAAACAUCCUCAAAGAAUUUGCAGUAUGCAUUGGGUACUAGGCAAGUCAGAAGACUGUUGAUCUUAAGUAGGAGUAGGAAUGCAUUUCAAGUUUGCUGAAAUUAAUUUAUAACUAUCCUUUGAACUUUUAAGGCUUGCCAGCUUAUUAAUCCCUUUAUUCUUACUACUGUAUAUAUUUUAGUACCAACAGAAGUACAUUUCUAGACUGAGGAUUUAAAUAAAAAGAUCCAACUAUUUAUUAAGAACAUAUAUAAGGAUUACUUGAAAAAAAUAGAGCCAAUAUCCAUACCAAAUAAUAAAUUCAUCCCAAAUUCAAAAUUGGCGAAAAAUAGUAUCACAUCUUCCAUCAUAAUCUGAUAAAGAAUAAAUUAGGUUCUGUUGGAUAUUAAGGCAGACAUAUCGGUUCAAUCCUUAACAAUUAUCAAUGCUAAAUUUUCUGGUACAUAUGGAAUAGAGUGUAUUAGUAAUUUGCGGUUAAUAUGAUUUUGUAUUUAAUAAGUUAUGGAAAAUAAAUAUAUAUAUCAUAUUCAAACACUUGCUGUGCGCAACUGCUAACCCAUUUGCAGGGUUCUUGAUUGUAGACUAAAAAAUGCUAUUUUUGGGCACCAUAUUCAUAAAUUUACUCACAAGUAGCCAUAAUUGAGCUUACGUUUUCGCAUCAUAAAGUAGUUGAAUUAACCCAAAAUGAAAAGGAAGAAAUUAAGCAAGACUUUCUCAUUAAAUAGAACAGUUAGUAAGAUUUUAGAAUGGAUUCUAAGCUUUAAAUUCACACAAAUGGUGAUUUCAUCCCAAAUUGCUAAAGUAUUUGUGCUUAGCUAAGCUCAACUUUAUCUGUUUGAUCUAUGUAAAUUAAUUUGGCAUAUUUUGGCUUAACUAUCCCAAUAGCAACUUUUAAGAUCAGAGGAUUUAACAACAAACACAAUGUUUACUAACUCCAGAAUUUUUACAAGUGAUAUUGUCAUAAGUUUUGGGAGAACAUAAUCAGUAUUAAGAUAGCAAAUAUCAUUGGGUUAUGCACAUUCACUUGCUGUAUUGAGGCAGAUAAAUCCCUGUAAAUUCGCUCGUAACACUUUAAUCAUUUUCACAAAAAUCCUAAAUUAAUACAUCCUAUUCAAAACCAUCUGUUAAAUCAGCCGCAUUUACAAUUUUACUUCAAUAGGCAUUGGUUGCUUUGUUGCUUGUACAAUUAAUUCAAUUAAUUAAAGAACAAUCUUUAGCCUUGUAUAAAUUAGGGGUAUACGCAUUACAACCACCUUAAUUAAUACCAAAGUUACAACCUUCUCCAAUUUCAAGACAACAGCUGCAAAGUAAAUAUGUUAAAAUUUAAUUUUUAUGGGAGAAAGAGAACAUUAUGGGUUUGAUUAUUCAUAAGAAUCUGAGUCAUAUAAUGCCUUAAUCAUUGGUUACAAUAUGCAUACCAGGAGCAGUAUUUUUCAAGCAAGCAUUAUUAAGCUAUAUCUGUGAGAGAUGCUUAAGAACAAACCUUUGCUGUCUCAUCUGUAGAUUUAUCAGCUAAUAAUCUAUCAAUAAAGGAGCAAACCAUUUCGUUGUAAUACAUACCUUGAGCUAUUAAUGCUUGAGCAUAUGUAAUGUUAUAAUUUUUCGUUGGUUUACAAGAAGAUUUUUCAAAGUAACAAUAUUCAUACAUAUUUCUAUAUUAAUUUAGAUUAAGGAGGAACAAACUAUUAUGCUUCUUUGUAAUCUUGGCACUUUUUUUCUGGAGUUUGAUUAGGAUCAAUAAAAUAUCUAUAUCCUCUAGUGUUUAAUAAGCAAACCUAAUUAUUCAUUAUAAAGCCGGUGCAUUUAUUGUUAAAAGUAGUCAAUAUCGAACAUGAAAGUUAUUGCGUUGUUAUUAGUUGAUGUAAAAUAAUAUGCCUUCCUAAUAUGUUUGUACAGGCUUACGCAUUAUAAUAGGUGUUACUUUUAAUGAUUGAAAAUUAUUCUACCUAUGAGCAUUUCAUAUUCAGUCAUUGACCAUUCAAAAUUACCUUUCAAUAAUGUUAAACAUAGUUAUUUAUUAACAUUCAAAUUUACAUUAUAAAUUGUAGAUAGCAUCUACAUCUCCUUCUUCAUAGCAAUUCAAAUUCAUUGGAUCCUAUCUGCAAUUAACAGUAGUAAUAAUCUAACAUCCAAUUGAAUUAUUACCAGGUAAAUCACAAUUUUACUAUUAAGCUUUACUUACAGAUUGGCAUUUGUUUAUAUCAUGUAAAAAUUCACAUAUCUAUCCACUUUUAUUGAUAUUUUAGCAGGCUUUUUAAUUCACAAAUGCUUCAUAGGGAUUACUUACAUUAAAAUUUGAACAAUUAAUAUCCUGAGGAUUAGGUAUGCAUUUAUUGGUCGAAGUAAGGAAGGCAAGCAUACGGAUUAUUAAUGCAUGUUUUUAUUUGAUAUUGAUUGCAAAUGUAAAAUGAUAGGUAGUCAUCAAAUGUGACACGCAAAUCCAUCCCAAUAACAUUAUUAAGUAGGAGACCAAUCAAUCAUCCAACAUGACCUUUUAUUCAUCGAUGUUCAGCUUUGGGUUAAGUAAAUCUGGUUGUUUAAGUUAUACACUUUCAUCUUUCUGCAUUUUUUAUGCUUAGUACCUGAUGUCCAAACUAAUCCAAUGA